AAUUAAAAUGAAUGCUACUGAUUCAAUCUAUCGAACAUCCAAUCCAUUCAGUAUUAUGUAUCUUGAACCAACAAGUGGAAAAGGCUACUUGAAACCUGGUCUUCCUUUUUAUGGAAAGCUAAAAGUUGAAAAACCUGAUGGAACUCCAGCACCAGGUGAACAAAUUGAACUCUGCAGGUUUGCUGAUAGAGAAAGGUGGAACAGGAAACGUUGGCUGGAAGAAAAAAUAAGAGCAUGUAAAGAAUUCACUAGUGAUGAAGCAGGAAUAAUUAAAUUUACUGUUCCUCCUCAAACUCCUGACAUCACAUCAUUAAGGUUCAAGGUUAAAGCAUUAAGAUACGAAAAAAAGAAGGGAAAAGACAGUGAUAACAAACUAAACCAGCCUCAAUAUUCCUUCACCGUGGCAUCGUGGUAUUCUCCUUCUGGAAGCCAUCUUCAACUGGAACCUAUUACAGAGGAAAUUGAAUGUGGAAAACCUCUUACUGUUAAAUUUAAAUACACAACAGGAGAAGAGAAGAAGCAAAAAUUCUACUAUGAGAUCAUGGCAAGGAAUUUCAUUGUUGAUACAGGUUCUUUUGAACAUGAGUUUCUUUUAUCAGAAGAUAAGUUCAUUUGGUGGAUUCAGGGAGAGAGCAGUAACAUCAAUGGGCAAGUUGGUCUUAAAUUUCAAGAAGAGAAAGUACUUCCUGGUGCUUCGUCUACACUAAAGCUAACAGCAAGUCCUCAUUCUAUCUGUGGAAUUGGAGCUGUUGACAAAAGCGUCCACAUAUUAAGUUCAGAUAAUCGUAUAACUGAAGAGGAGCUGAAGGUGAACAUGGGGGAUCCUUUUCAUCAGGUUUUACUUCAACUAAUUAUUUAG